AUGCCACCGCCUCCGGUCUUGUCAGGCGGAGACGCGGCAUUACAGGCCAAGCCCCUAAACACCAAGCUACGAAAACUUGCCAUCCGAACCGUCAUUGGGUGUGUCAGCACAUUGCUCAUCAGCAUGGCUCAUAGCAACUUCCAUAAUCAUACACUGGGUCACUCUACCCGACGAUUUGUCCAAGGCGCACUCAUCCUGCGGACCCAGCUGCAACGAGACACUUCUCACCGACGAAUCCGAGCGGGAAACAAAGUCAAGGACAUUAUCCAUACCGACCGCUCCACCCUAGGCGACUUUUGGAUGACAUGUUUCGAAGGCAUAUCAGCCGCACCGCGUUGA